AGGGGGAGGGGGAGGGAGAGGGGGAGGACAGAAGACAUAAAGGCAGAGCGAGGGAGGGAGACGCACAGACAUAAAGGCAUAGAGGCGCUCGCACACACAUCUGUGGAGGAUUAUCAGACCCACGGAUCGGCUGGUGGACGCGUGGAACUGAUUUGGUGAAACGCUGCUUUGUUCCUCAUCCAUUCCUUUAUUUAUUGAUUCAUUGGCCGUUUGCAUCUUCUGAGGACUGAGAUGGCUCUGCUGACUGUCUGCUCGGCCCCUCUUCUCGCAGCUGCGCUGCUGAUGUCAUCGUGGUGUGUUCGGGGUCUGAAUGUGGAGGUUUCUCCCAGAAGGCCUCUGUUCAAGCUGGGUGAGCGCCGGCAGCUGGUGUGUCGGGUCUGGGAUUGUCCCACGAUGCCGAGCGUUUCCUGGUCCGUGCCGGGGGACCGACCUCUGGGGGCCUCAGCCAGCUCCAACAGGACUUGGUCUGUGUUGACCUUCGACCCCAUAAAAAUGGAAGAUGAAGGUUCUCUGCUGUGUAAAGUCAUCUGUGGGGAAGACAAUAAGCAGAUCAGGACGACAGUGCGGGUUUAUUCUUUCCCAUCAGCCCCUCUGAUCCGAGGCCAGGACCACCUGCGUCUGGGGGCGGAGUCCACCCUCACUUGCCAGGUGUCUGAUCUCCACCCAGCUGAGAAGGUGACCCUCAACUGGCUCAGAGGGGACGCCGUCCUGCACAGCACGACGGGGGAUUCUGGAUCUGGCUCAGUCCGGUCUGAGUACAGAUUCACCCCCGUGGAGCUGGACCCGGGAGGAAACAUCACCUGCAGCGCCACGAUGGACCUGCUGGCCCUGCCAGACGAGGACAGGACCAAAAAGACCACUGUCCCCCUAAACCCGCUCUACGCCCCGGUCGUCAAGGCGACGCCCCCGUCGGCGUGGGCCAUGGCCGGCUCCGCGCUCAACCUCACCUGCGCCGCGGCGGGGAACCCCGAGCCGACGGUCACCUGGAGCUUCAGGCCGGCGGGCGGGCGGUCCGAGGGGAGGGGCCGAGGCCGGCGGCUGGUCCUCGCGGCGGUGACCCUGUCCGACGCCGGACGCUACGCCUGCGAGGCCCGAAACUCGGAGGGGAGCGGGGCGGCGGAGGUGGAGGUCACCGUUCACGCUGCGCCCACCAACACCUCCCUCUCCGUGAGUCCGGGCACGCAGGUGACGGAGGGUCAGCAGGUGACGUUGACCUGCCGCUCGGACGGAGCUCCGCCCGCCGCGCUGAAGCUGAGGAGAGAGGGGGUGGAGCUUCAGAGGAUGGACCCCGGCUCCUCCUCCUCAUCGCUCUCGUUCAGGCUCUCCUCCGCCCAGGUAGGAGACUCCGCCCACUAUCAGUGUGAAGCCGCCAACGUUUACGGAUCCCAACAAACCACCAGCUCCAUCACCGUCUCAGCUCACCCUCUGCAGGUGGAGGUGAGUCCUGCGGUCUCACUAGCGGAGAAGGGUUCCGGUCUGGUCCUCACCUGCAGAGCCUCCAGAUGUCCCCACCCGCCCGUCUUCACCUGGCGGACGGACCGGGACCGGAUCGUCCUCGGGGGGACGGGGCAGGUUGGACUGUCUGUGCUUCGCUUGGACGACCUGCAGCUGAUGGAUGAGGGAGGAUACACCUGUGAGGCCCAGUGUGACUCCGUCACCAGGACCGCUGCCAGCCAGGUGCACGUCUACGCGUUCCCGUCCGGGCCGGUUCUGGAGGACGCUGGUCCCGUCCUUCUGGGUCAGGAGGUGGUGCGCCGCUGCAACGUCAGCAACGUCUUCUGGGCCAAUCAGAUGAGGAUCCUGUGGCUGUCGGGGAACACAACGCUGAUGUCAGAGACCUUCGCGUCCUCCGGCUCCCUGCAGAACGUCUCUCUUGCCCUUCGGCUGCCGGUCCGUGAGGACCAGCAGAAUCUGACCUGCAGGGCCGAGCUGCUGUUGGAGGACGGAAAGUUGUGGAGGUCCAGGAGGACCAGCGUCCCCCUGCAGGUCCAUUACCCUCCCAGGAGAACCUCCCUCUCAGUGAGUCCGGGUGAGGAGGUGCUGGAGGGUCAGCAGGUGACGUUGACCUGCCGCUCAGACGGAGCUCCGCCCGCCGCGCUCGUGCUGAGGAGAGACGGGGAGGAGCUAAAGAGAACUGACUCCGCCUCCUCCUCGCUUUCCAUCAGCUUGUCUUCCGCCCAGUUAGAAGACUCCGCCCACUAUCAGUGUGAAGCCUCCAACCAGCACGGAUCCCAACUGGUCAGCAGCUCCGUCACCGUCUCAGCUCCUCCGAGAAACACCACAGUCCUCGUCCUGCCAUCAACGGUGGUCCAGGAGGGACAAAAUGUCACCAUCUGCUGCCACACCGUCAGCUUCCCGCUGUCCGCCAUGGUCCUGAAGAAACUGACCAAUGGGAUGGAGCUAUAUUCAACCAAUGGAACAUUCCUGUUGGUCAACGUCACGGCCCGAGACUCUGGGCAGUACCAGGUCAACGUGACAAACGACCUCGGAUACCAGGUCAAAGUCUUCAGCAUCAGCGUCAGAGAGAGACGCGCCAGUCUCCAUCCGAGUCUCAGUGCUGUCCUCGUCCCCGUCGCCUGCGUAGCCGGCGGGCUGGCUGUAGCCGCUCUGCUCCUCGACUACCUGAGAAGAUCCAGGAAGAAAGGUUUCUACCAGCUGCCCCAGUCCGCCCCUAUUUCAGCCUGAGGCUAACGCGGGGCUACUCCCUCCCAACGUGGGCCUUUCAAGUCCCAACAUGCGGCUACAACCUCCCAACAUGUGGCUACCAAGUCCCAACAUGCGGCUACUCCCUCCCAACAUGGGCCUUUCAAGUCCCAACAUGCGGCUACAACCUCCCAACAUGUGGCUACCAAGUCCCAACAUGCGGCUACUCCCUCCCAACAUGGGCCUUUCAAGUCCCAACAUGCGGCUACAACCUCCCAACAUGUGGCUACCAAGUCCCAACAUGUAGCUAUCAAGUCUGAACACUUGGCUAUCAAGUCCCAACAUGCAGCUACAACCUCCUAACGGUGGCCUUCCAAGUCCCAACAUGCGGCUAUCGAGUCCCAACAUGUGGCUACCAAGUCCCAACAUGCGGCUAUCGAGUCCCAACAUGUGGCUAACAUCUUUCAGCAUGUGACUAACAAUUUUGCAAGAUUUCAACCGUGACUCUUCUACCCAAAACAUCGCCCCUUCUUGUAUCCCAUUCCCAAGUCUCCAUACGUGGCCUUUUGACUCUACAUGUUGCUACCUAUUCUGAACAUGUGACUACAAGCUGUUUUAGGAUGUGAUUGUAAUACCCGAACGUGUGUGGUUACCGAUACACUUUGUGGCUACAAUAUCCAAAAUGUGGCUAGUUAUUCAACACAUGGCUGCAUCAUUCCGGGACUUCCUUUUGCACAAAACUACAAUGUGCCAAAUUCUUUUUGUAACUAUCGGAUGCUUGGCCAGCCCUCCUCAAGAUGUGGCCUCACUGCUCACCGCUUCAUGACGUAGCUAACAGCUAACUCAGCAGAGGUGCACAUGUACCUUCUUUACUCAAUGCCAGGACAUUGAACAUCAGUUGUCAUUAGUUUUUGUGGAUCAGAGACUUAAUCAGCUGUGGGCCUUGUGUGCGUCCCUUUAACUCUUGUGAAACGUUCCGAUGUGACUGCGCCGUGUGUUUUUUAAAGCAACCAGAAGAUGAGAGUCGCAGCUGGUUCGGUACUCUGUUCCUCCACCAUCAAUGUUUCCCUUUGUUCUUCACACUGUGCUUUUAUUAAAGAUAUUUAUUUCUUG